AUGAUAAAAGUUUUUUUAAUCGUAAAUAAUAGUGGGAAAAUUCGAAUUCGUCGUUUUUAUGAUGAAGUAGAGUGUAUCUUACUCUUUAAAAUUAGUCGCUAGAUAACAAUAAAUUGAAUAAAAGUUAAUUUUAUUGACUAGUAAAUUAAGUCCAAAUAGUUGCAAUUUCUUUAAGGAUUUGGAUGGAAUUUAUGAUAAAAAAUGUAAAAUAGUAAUGAGAUUUUUUGGAACUUUGUAUUUUAUUGCAAUAAUCGAUGAAGAUGAAUCUGAAUUAGGUGUUCUUGAUUUGAUAUAAAAUAUUGUUGAUUUAAUGGAUAAAAUCUUUGAUAAUGCAUGUGAACUUUGA